AUGGAAAGCUGCGACACGGCGUCCACGGCAUCGACGGUUCCCCGACCGCCGAGCAGCACGCCGCGCAAGGGUCUCCCAGCGUCACGGAAUCGAUAUGCGGAAGAGUCAACGCCUCUUGCCCAUGACCACGCCUUCCUCGGCCUGCCAUCCGGCCAAAAGAAUCAUGAUGAGGAUCAUGGAUUGACCGAGCUGUGGUUCCGCGGGCGCGGCGGUCAUCUCGCCCGACACGGCGUGCGAGACCAUGAUACGCCCUUCAUCCACCUCCGUCCGACCGUUUCGACAGGCCGUCUGCGGCCCGGCAUGAGCCAGCAGCGGCACCAAGCUCUUCGACCUGCCCUGACGUCUCCGAACCUGCGAGAGGCAGCUACGCUCACGUCGACGAUGCGCCGCCAGGAUGCUCGGGACAUGUUUGACGAGUUUGGGAUCGACCUACCAGAGGGCUGGCUGUCGGAAGACGACGACGUGGCCUUUGCAGGCGACGGGACAAAGACGAACGGUAAUGCUGACGAUGCGACCGUCAUUGUUCCUUCGUACGAGGGCCAUCCCGAGACAUCACAGACGAGGCGGCAGGUGACGUCGAACACAACGCCCACGACGCCGUCCAGCAGACCCCGCACCGAGACAAAUCCGAAGACGUCGUCAGACAGUGCUCACAUCGCUGUCAAGAAUAACCCCUUUGUUAUUGCAGAUCAGAGAACAAAGGGCAACAUCGCUCAGCCAGAGAUGACUGGCACUGCAGCGCGGGCACGGAAACCCACGAGGCUGUCCGACUGUGUUCCAAAUCAGCAGGGACCCUCUGUCCGCAGACGAGACGUCGGACCAGGACAUGGACUAGCUCAGCCUGCGGAAAGUCCGCAGACAUACCACACCAGCCACCAUGCCUCAACAGCGCAAGGGCCGGGCACCCAUGCGGGCCCGAUGGCAAAGAGCACGGCACAAGGCGACCCGUUUGUGGAUGCCGAGACCGAGGAGCCGCAUUGCCAGUCGAUGAACUCUCUCGACAAGAAGAUUGACCAGCUGUACCAUCAUGCCGAGGACAUGUACCACGCCCAACACAUCAUGGAGCAUCUCGCCGCUGGCUCCGCCGCCAUAGAACCCAGGAGAAGCGUCUCAGCUCGCCCGGCCCGGCGGCUCUCCUACUCACCUGCGUCGAGCCGCGAGACGUCGUCGAUUUCUCCCUCGGCGCUGCGUCCAGCACCGCACAGCAUCAGUACAGACGCCCUCGCCCGGGUCAACACGGUCAAGAAGACGCACACAAUGGGAAAAGACCCGCUCUCGCGCAUCAGAGAGCAGGAGAGACCUCACGGGCACUCACUCUCUGCCGAUGGCAAAGAAGGCAAGAAACCAGGACCGAGCUCGGUCGCCACGCCCAAGGCACGGCUUUCUGAUCCACCCGCUUGGCUCUCCAGUCCCGAGAAGCGCGCAGGCGAUGCCAGCAUGCAUCUGAAGAAGACGGACACGAAUUUCACGGCGGAUGCGAAAACGACAGCCGAGGCAUCGCCACACGUCCAGGACACACGCGGACCCCCGAAAACGCCGCCACAUACUGCCGACACCGCUGUCGGCGCGGAAACCUGGCCGAGACUCAAGCCGGUCGUCAAGAAGACGCCCAUCGUGGAAGAGCAGCAGAGGCACUCGGUGCUGUGGAAUCACGUACCGCUACGGCAAUUGACAAAGACCGACACCCUCGCGUCCAAGGCGGCCGAGCCCGCGUCGGCACCAUCGUUUCGGCACCACCAGCUGCGCAAGGUGACAUACCCCGAGGCGGCGGAUCUACAGACGAAGCGAGCUGCCGCUUCGGUUGGGAUGGCCAAACCAGACUGCACGACAUGCUCUUUCACGGGCGCCGCCACGGCCGCGACGGCUUCGGAGAGUGAUGGUAAGGAGACACCAACGAGGCAGAACGAUCCGGACGAGCUCUUCCUGCCCUACAGGCCCACGGCGGGAAGCGGCACAAAGACGUUGACCGUCGCCGAGGUCGAGCAAGUUCUCGCAUCCACAUCGAUCCUGCCCGUGGCUUCCCCGCCUUCGGCACGCCAGGAGGAGAUGGAGGUGUACAGCCCGAUACCCAUCAUGCCGCCGAACCACAGCUGUUCCUAG